GACUGCAUUUAAUUAUUUAUAUUAAUUAAAAUAAAAAAGAAUCUGCCAUGUCGAAGCCAAUUACUUUUGUGACAGGCAACGCCAAGAAGCUGGAGGAACUAGUUGCCAUUUUGGGUCCCACUUUUCCACGCACUAUCGUCUCCAAAAAGAUCGAUCUGCCGGAGUUGCAAGGGGAAAUCGAUGAGAUUGCCAUCAAGAAGUGCAAGGAAGCGGCACGCCACGUAAAUGGUCCUGUUCUUGUGGAGGACACCAGCUUGUGUUUCAAUGCCCUCGAGGGCUUGCCGGGUCCGUAUAUCAAGUGGUUCUUGGAAAAACUUAAACCGGAGGGCUUGUGCCGGUUACUGGAGGGAUGGGAAGACAAAUCUGCCCAGGCUAUUUGUACAUUUGGCUAUUGCGAGGAUGUGGAUUCGGAACCGCUUAUCUUUAAGGGCAUAACCGAUGGCGAUAUUGUUAGUCCCCGCGGACCAAGGACCUUUGGAUGGGAUCCCGUGUUCCAGCCCAAGGGCUAUGAUAAGACCUACGCCGAGCUGCCAAAAGAGGAGAAAAACACCAUAUCGCACCGCUAUCGGGCCCUCGCCCAACUGCAGAAGCACUUUGAAAAACUGGACAAAUAAAA